CAGGCAUCGCAGAGGGCUGGCAAACAUCCUGAGCGGCCCCAGUUCCGCUCCUGGUGCUGGUCCUGGACCUGGUCCUACUCCCACCAGGGCACCUGGGCUGCGCUUCCAUCCUGGGACAGCCCUCUGCUCUCACCCCUAGCUCAACAAAUGAGUGGAACAGACUUUCUUCCCCCGCUGUCUGUCUGCAAGUUUUCCAUAGGAAGGAAUACCCCAAAUUCAGCCCCAUUCCUGGACUUGAUCCCAUGAUGUGUGUAGCCAUGGACUGCAGAAUAAAACCGUACACUCAGUGAAAACCACCAAAGGGAAUCAAGUAAGAAAGAAAUAUGAUGAAGAACGAAGACACAGGUUUUAAUGUGGACAAUACACAAGCCUCUCCCUUUUCCCGCUGCCUGCAGCCACUGAGCCCCAUUACAAAGCCACACAGAACGACACCAUUUGGUGAAGAAUUCAGACAGCACCUCUCACAUUUCCGCUAUGGCCCUCCUCCUCUUGGAGACAUGGAAAGUUUUCAGGGGUCCUUGGAAGGAGGGUCUCGGAAACGCAAGAGCAUGCCAAUAAAAAUGCCUCCUUCUAUUGCUCUUGAGGGUUCCUCUUCACCACCCCACAGACCUGAAGAUCAAAAUGAUAUAGGGUCUUCCAGUCUUCCCUUGGUGUUUCAACAGCCAGUACAGCCCAAGUACAGUUCCCAGAUGAUUGACCUCUGCAACCUUGGUUUUCAGUUCUACAGAACUCUGGAGCAUUUUGGAGCCAAGCCCAUUAAGCAAGAACAAGUAAAACCUAACAUGGCAUGGCCCAGUAGUCCAGCAUUCAUGCAGGCUACUUACCCUUAUUAUCCUAAAGUCCAUCCUGGCUUAAUGUUUCCUUUUAUUGUGCCCCCAAACCUUCAUUUCAGGAACCCCAUUCAAAUGAAAAGGCCUCCAGAGCCACCCUUCAGGAGGGCAGAAGUGAGAGAAAGUGGUGAAAAUAAACAGAAAGUGGAAAGAGUAGAUGUCAACCUUCAGAUAGAUGACAGCUACUACGUUGAUGUUGGGGGUGAACAGAAACGCUGGCAAUGUCCCAUGUGUGAGAAGUCCUACACAUCCAAGUAUAAUUUGGUCACCCAUAUCUUGGGGCACAGCGGGAUUAAGCCACAUGCUUGCUCCCGAUGUGGCAAGCUUUUCAAGCAGCUGAGCCACUUGCACACUCAUAUGCUGACACACCAGGGCACGAGGCCACACAAAUGCCAGGUGUGCCACAAGGCUUUCACUCAAACCAGUCACCUUAAGAGACACAUGAUGCAACACAGUGACAUCAAGCCUUACAACUGCAGGAUCUGUGGCAGAGGUUUUGCCUAUCCCAGUGAGCUGAAAGCACACGAGUCCAAGCAUGAGAGUGGCCGAGAGAACAUUUGUGUGGAGUGUGGUCUGGACUUCCCCACCCUGGCCCAGCUGAAGAGACACUUAACAACCCACCGUGGCCCAAUACAGUACAAUUGCACUGAAUGUGAUAAGACCUUCCAGUACCCAAGUCAGCUGCAAAACCACAUGAUGAAGCACAAAGACAUUCGUCCCUAUAUCUGCACUGAAUGUGGCAUGGAGUUUGUGCAGCCCCACCAUCUCAAACAGCACUCCCUAACUCACAAGGGUGUGAAAGAGCACAAAUGUGGAAUAUGUGGCCGGGAAUUUACUUUGCUGGCCAACAUGAAGCGACAUGUCCUGAUCCACACCAAUAUCAGAGCAUAUCAAUGCCAUUUGUGCUUCAAGAGCUUUGUGCAAAAGCAGACUCUAAAGGCACAUAUGAUCGUUCACUCUGAUGUCAAGCCUUUUAAAUGCAAGCUAUGUGGAAAGGAGUUCAACAGAAUGCACAAUUUAAUGGGACACAUGCACUUGCACUCAGACAGUAAGCCUUUCAAAUGUCUCUACUGUCCCAGCAAAUUCACCUUGAAGGGGAACCUAACAAGGCACAUGAAAGUCAAACAUGGGGUCAUGGAAAGAGGAUUUCAUUCUCAAGGUUUUGGAAGAGGAAGAAUUGCUCUAUCCCAGACAAAUGUCUUGAGAAGCUUGGAACAGGAAGAGCCCUUUGAUCUUUCCCAGAAGAGCCAAGGGAAAGGAAUCUCAUUUCAUUCAGAUGGUGAGAGUGCCAAGGGAAGCUCAUGCCAGGAAGAAGAGGAAGACAACUGCUAUGAGGCAGAGCAGUACAGCCCUGGCAUGUAUCAUCAUGACAACAACAAGCUAUAUACACCUCAAGAUUUGUCUGGCAAACCAGACUGCGUGAUGAAGAGCUUCAGAGAGUCCUACUGCAAUGAGAAUGAAGAAAUGUUAAGUGAGGGAGGACUGGAGAAAAGAAUAGGGGAUUCAGACAACCAGGAGAGCCAAGGAGAGAGAGACGCCACAAACAAUAAAGAACACCUGAGCUUUAGAUCUUUUGAAAAGGCCAGACUUGGCCAUUCUCUCUCUGAUUACUUGUAUUUCAAGCACAGGAACAAAAGUUUGAAAGAAUUACUGGAAAGAAAAAUGGAAAAACAAACAAUGCUUAUAGGCAUUUAAAUGGACUUUUUAAAACAGCUGGAAAAUGAGAAACAGAUAGCUUUUAGCAUGAACUGUAAUUUACCAAAGCCUGAAAUUUUGUAGUAGUCUUUAGAAAUCAACAGGCUAAAUCAAUAAAAAUAAAUUAAGGUAAAAUACGUACAUGAAAACAAUAAAGCAUUUAAAGGGGAUAAAGAAAUGCACUAGGUUUUAAACAAUAACAUUUUUAUACUUAACCAUUUGAUGUAUAAACAGACUACGGGGUGGGUACAGAAGUUUAUUUUCCUUUAUCUGUGGUGGUAGAGACUUAUACACAAUUUUCUACUUACCAAACGCAACAUACUUUAGUGUUUGAUUUAUUAUCUCUUUAAAAUAUAUAUGAACACUUCUAACCAUAGGUGUCAAAAAAUCUGAAAAUAGUAAACAUUUCACAGCAUAAGCAAGAGAACUGUUAAAUAUGGUGUGGACGAAAGUGCUGUCCCUCUCAGAACUAACACAUCCACAUACUUUCAUUUACUGCAGUGUGUAUGUUAGUUUAACGACUUACAAUGAAAAAUGGGAAACAAAUUAAGAAGAAAUGCUAACUUUUUGUGAGAUAGUGAAGUGCAAUUUUGUAAGGAUUUGAAAAGACUUGGGUUUUGUUAUGGUCGCAGAAGCUUUUCCUCUGGCAAACAAGGUGCUUGUAUUUUGCUAUGUUUCAGUCGGUAUGGAAGUAUUCAUCAAUUCUUCAAGUGAAAUAGCAUGGACAAUGUCGAAAUUUUGCUCUAAUGUCUGUUCACACCAAUACAUUUAAUGAGCAGCAGCAGCACCUAGCAUUUGCAAGUCUUGCUCUAGUUACACACAAAAAAAAGAGAGUCAUUUCAUUGAGAAAAUGAUGUAAUUUUGCCAUUUAUCUCUUCCAGUUUAUCUUGGCUAGCAAGCUCGAAAUUACGAAAUCUGAUCAGAUUUUAUUUUGGAACGGAUGCCAAAAAAGAGCCCUUACAGGGCCAGCAAUACUUCACAGAGAAAAACAGUUUUUAGAUUUCCUCUUAUCUGAGUCAGAUUUUUUCCCUCAUUAACACAGCUUGACCAGUAAUCUCCAAGCCUUUCAGAAAAAUUCCACUCAUGCUGUUUUUAAUGAGUCAUUCCCAGCUUUAUAUCCUCUGAUUCCCAUACAAUAUCACAAAGAUGCUGAAAGUACAUUUCAUUAAGUACACUCCAUCAAUUGCAUGAGUUGUUUGACUAGCACCUUGAUUCCCACAUCUUCAAGAUAUAAGACAAAUGGCUCCAAACCAUUCCAUUGCUUAUAAGGAAAUAAAGAUUUAAUAAGUCAUUUAAUUAUUCCCAUGUCAUUUGGAGAUCACAGCUCAAUAGUUUAAAUCCUCUAUAUAUGGUACAUCAUUUCCAAAUAUUACUACCUUCUUCACUUACCUGCCAAGUUCUUGAUUCAGAAUACCUUGUUGUAAUGUUCAAUACACAGUAAGUUAUAAUUAAAUGUAAAGUCAUAUACUUAUGGCUUGCUAAGGCUAGAAGCCUGUUGUUGCAGCUGUCUACCAUUAUAAGAAACUUCUCACCUUACAGAAGUAACAAUUCUCACACCUACCAGUUAAUCAAUCAUAUAAAACUGUGUUUGUGCAGUCUGAGUUUGCAGGAGAUGGUUCUGUCUUUCAGUAUUCAGACUUGGCAUAAGAAAGAUUCUGAAUGAAAAGGAGAAAAAACUGUUGAUGUGUGAAGCUUUAAUGUACGGGUUGUUUUUCUAAAUGUAAUUAACUCUACAGCUGAUGUACAUACUUCUUUAAAAAUAAAGAGCGUAUACCAAGUUCAA